AUGAGGGGAAGAAAUCAGCUGCCCAAGCCAGUCUUGAUUCUACUUUUCCUGCUCCUUCCCAGAGAUGCUUCAGCUACUGCAAAACCGCAGUACGUGGUGCUGGUCCCAUCACAGCUCUACACUGGGGUUACUGAAAAGGCCUGUGUCAUCCUUAAUCACAUGAAUGAGACGGUGACACUGACCGUGACUCUGGAGUGUGAAAUGGUGACCAAAACCCUCUUCUCAGACCGGGUGACGCAGAGGAACUCCUUCUACUGCAGCUCCUUUACUAUUCCAGAGUUGCCUUCUUCCUCGGCAUUCAUUACUGUGCAGGUAAAGGGACCAACCCAAGAUUUCAUAAAGAGGAAAAUAAUGCACGUAAUAAAAGCAGAGAGCCUAAUCUUUCUCCAGACAGACAAACCCAUCUACAAACCAGGUCAAACAGUGAGAAUCCGCAUUGUCUCUGUGGAUAUGAAUUUUCACCCUUUGGAUGAAACGUUCCCGGUUGUUUACGUUGAGAAUCCCAAGAAGAACAGAAUUUUCCAACAGCAAAGUCUCAAGUUGCAAGGGGGACUCAGCCAGCUCUCUUUCCCACUGUCAGUGGAGCCCAUUCUGGGUCACUACAAGGUCAUACUGCAUAAGGAGCCAGGGAAAAAAAUAACACAAUCCUUUGAAGUGAAUGAAUAUGUUUUGCCCAAAUUUGAGGUCCAAGUAAAAAUGCCCAAGACUAUUGGUUUUUUAGAAGAAGAAUUUAUGGUGUCUGCCUGUGGCUUGUACACAUAUGGAAAGCCUGUCCCUGGUCUGGUGACAAUUAAUAUAUGCAGAAAAUAUUCACAGUACCGGUCCCUCUGCCAUGACAAACAUUCACAAAGUAUCUGUGAGGAGUUCAGUCAACAGGCAGACAAUAAAGGAUGCUUCACGAAACUCGUAAAAACUAAAAUAUUUCAGCUGAGGCAAAAAGGGCAUGACAUGACAAUACAGGUGGAAGCCAAGGUCAAAGAAGAGGGAACAGGGUUGGAAUUAACUGGACAUGGAUUGUGUGAAAUCACGAAUAUCUUAAGCAAACUGAAAUUUACUAAAGUAGAUUCAUAUUACAGACGUGGACUCCCUUUUUUCGGGCAGGUUCUUCUAGUUGAUGAAAAGGAUCAGCCAAUCCCCAACAAAAAUAUACUUGUGGCUGUGGAUGCAGUAUACAUUUCCAGUUUCACUACUAAUAAGCAUGGCUUGGCUAACAUUUUUAUUGAUACUACCAACUUAACAUCUUAUUUCAUUACUGUUACGGUCACUUACAAACAAAAUCAACACUGUUUUGAUAACUGGUGGCUCGAUGAAUUUCAUACACAAGCACAUCACACUGCAUAUCAUGUUUUUUCCCCAAGCAAAAGUUACAUUCACCUUGUACCUGUUGUUGGUACUUUGACCUGUGGGCAAACCCAGGAGAUCCGGGUACAAUACAUGCUGAAUGGACAGAUUCUGAAGGAUGAAAAAGAGUUAACCUUCUAUUAUUUGAUCAAAGCAAGAGGAAGCAUCUCCAAAUCAGGAAUCCAUGUGUUGUCUAUUAAACAAGGACCUGUGAAAGGGACAUUUUCCUUCUCUUUUCAAGUGGAAUCAGAUAUUGCUCCUACUGCUCAUUUGUUUGUUUAUACUGUUUUACCUGAUGGAGAAAUUGUUGUAGACACUGACAAACUCGAGAUUGAAAACUGUUUUGCCAACAAGGUCAGUUUGAGUUUCUCCCCAGCCCGGGGCCUGCCAGCCUCCGACUCCCGCCUGGCGGUCGCCGCCACUCCUGUCUCCGUCUGCGCCCUCCGUGCAGUCGACCCGAGUGUGCUGCUCAUGAAGCCUGAAGCGGAGCUCUCACCUCAGUCAGUCUAUCACUCGCUACCACCAGAGGAUAUUCUUUAUGAUCGGUUUGGACAUCCAGAGAGUACUGAUUUUGAAGAAUGCAUCAACGCAGGAGACAUAACCCACAAUGGAAUCAUUUACACACCAAAGCAGGCCCUGGGUGAUGAAGAUGUUCACGGUAUCUUCCAGUCUGCAGGAUUAAGCAUACUUACCAACUCAAAAAUUCGUAAGCCACAUUUUUGUCAACCACCUCUCUCGUAUGCGCCUAUGGCCUAUGUUACAGCUCCACAAGGUGUUUUACUUGGAUCCCCUGGGGUCCAUGGAGUCACUGCUGCUGCAGGAGUGGCUUACAACCCAAGAGAAGAAGUUCAGACUCUGCAAGUGAAAGAGACAGUCCGGAAGUAUUUUCCUGAGACCUGGAUCUGGGACUUGGUGGUACUUAAUUCAACAGGUGGAAGUGAGUUGGCAGUGAAGGUCCCUGACACCAUCACAGAGUGGAAGGCCAGUGCACUCUGCCUGUCUGGAACCACAGGGCUGGGCCUUUCCCCCAUCAUCUCUUUUCAAGCCUUCCAGCCCUUCUUCCUAGAACUCACCCUCCCAUAUGCUGUGGUGAGAGGAGAAACCUUCAUACUCAAAGCCACUGUGUUCAACUAUUUGUCCUACUGCAUUCAGGUCAGUGUGCAGCUGGCGGUCUCUUCUGCGUUCCUGGCUGUCCCAGCAGAGAUGAAUGAAGAAUCUCACUGUGUCUGUGAAAACAGGCAGAAAACUGUGUCCUGGGUUGUGACUCCAAAGUCACUGGGAAAGGUGAAUUUCACAGCUACUGUGGAAGCCCUGCCAUCUCAGAAACUGUGCAGCAAUGAGGUGCCUAAAGUCCAAAUACCUGAACUGAAGGACACUGUAGUCAAGCCAUUAAUAGUUGAGGUAUAAGGAAUAGAAAAGGAGGAAACUUUCAAUACACUGCUCUGUGCAUCAGAUACUGGAGUACCUGAAAACUUGUCACUGAAAGUUCCCUCAAAUGUGGUUGAAGGAUCUGCCAGGGCAACAUAUUCAGUGUUGGGUGAUAUACUAGGCUCUGCAAUGCAAAACCUUCAGAAUCUUCUCCGGAUGCCCUACGGUUGUGGAGAACAGAAUAUGGUUCUUUUUGUCCCUAACAUCUAUGUUCUGAACUAUCUGAAUGAGACACGGCAGCUGACAGAAAAGAUCAAGUCCAAAGCCAUCAGCCACCUCAUCAGUGGGUACCAAAGGCAAUUGAAUUACAAGCACAGUGAUGGUUCAUACAGCACCUUUGGGGAUCAUGAUGGUAAAAGUCAUGGAAACACUUGGCUCACUGCCUUUGUGCUCAAGUCCUUUGCUCAAGCCCAAUCAUACAUCUUCGUGGAGAGCUCACACAUCAUGAAUGCCUUCACCUGGCUCUCACGGAAACAAAAGGAAAAUGGGUGUUUCCAACGCGCUGGAUCACUGCUAAACAAUGCUAUUAAGGGUGGAGUGGACGAUGAAGUGACACUCUCUGCGUACGUCACCAUUGCUCUGCUGGAGAUGCCAUUGCCUGUCACACACAAUGUUGUUCGCAAUGCUCUGUUCUGCCUGGAAAUGGCCUGGAGCUCAACCUCGGAGGCCCAAGGAAGUCUUGUCUAUACCAAGGCAUUAUUGGCCUAUGCCUUCGCCCUAGCAGGAAACCAGGCCAAGCGAAGUGAGCUACUUGAAUCACUAGUCAGAGAUGCUGUGAAGGAAGAGGAUUCAAUGCACUGGGAACAUCCCAGGAAACGUCAAGAAGCUGAGACAGUCUUUCAUCAACCACGGGCUCCUUCUGUUGAAGUGGAGAUGGCGUCCUACGUGCUUCUUGCCCUUCUUACAGUGCAGCCCUCUCCGUCUUCGGAGGACCUGUCUGCGGCAUCACGUAUUGUGAAAUGGGUCACCAAGCAACAAAACCCCCAUGGGGGCUUCUCCUCCACUCAGGAUACAGUGGUAGCCCUCCAAGCCCUUGCCAAAUAUGGAUCAGCAACUUUUACCAAAAAUGAGAAUGCAACUUUGGUCACCGUCAAAUCUUCAGAGACCUUCUCUGAAGAAUUCCAGUUAGAUGACACCAACCGCCUACUGCUGCAGGAGGUCGGGUUGCCAGAGGUUCCAGGGGAGUACAGCACAACAGUGUCAGGGUCAGGAUGUGUGUACCUCCAGACAUCCCUGAAAUACAACAUCCUUCCCAAGAAAGAAAGGAAAGCACCCUUCGCUCUGCAGGUUGAUACUCUUCCCAAGAACUGUGACGGAGUAGAUGCUCACAGGAAAUUCCAGAUUCACAUCAGCAUUAGUUAUACUGGGGAGCGACCCAGCUCCAACAUGGUCAUUGUUGACGUAAAGAUGGUGUCGGGCUUCAUUCCUGUGAAACCGUCAGUGAAAAAGCUUCAGCAACAACCUCAGAUUCAGAGAACUGAAGUUAGCAUCAACCAUGUCCUAAUUUACUUUGAAGAGUUAACCAGUCGAACCCUGAGUUUCUCCUUCUUGGUGGAACAAGAUAUCCAAGUGAAGAAUUUAAAACCAGCUACAGUAAAAGCCUAUGAUUAUUAUGAGACUGAUGAAUUCACCAUUGAAGAAUACAGUGCCCCUUGCAGUGCUGAGUCUGAACAAGGAAAUGCUUGA